AUGCCGGGGAAAUGGUGGGUGCUGACAGCGGUUGCUUCAGCGGCACAUGAGAAAGAUGGGCUGAAGGAUGUGAUUGAAGCCGCAACUAAGAGUGCUGUACAGAUGAUCGACAAGCUGGAAGGUGCAUGCGGGGCUUCUGCAGUGGAAACAUCGGAUGGUUUCGUUCCUCCGAAAGGAAAGACCGCCGAGUGCUGGGUGGAACAAUACACCAACUGCACCAUGAGCUACACGCAAAUCCGGUGUCCAGACUCUUGCCCCAUGGUUGCUGCCAGUCCAAGUUUUCCGUGCAUUUUCACGUGCGUGACUCCAGAGGAGUGCGCUGAAUAUAGCCCUGGCCAUGCUCGGCCGGAUUUUGAGCUCAAACUUUGCACGCCUUGUUCCGUGCUAGGCUGCCGCUACUGCACGUCGCACACGGAGUGCAAAGAGUGCUUCCCAGGCUUUGUCCUUGAACAUGAUCGUUGCACCUUUUACAUGGAUGCCCAUGGGAUUAGCGCCACGGUCUUGAAAGUGCUGGUGGUUCUCAUAGCUUUCCUGGUGAUGGUGGUGCUGAUUUGCUACUGCCGCGGCUAUCGCAGCGAACAUGCCGACGAGAACCUGCGCAACAUGAUCGAGGCACGUCGGCACCGGCGCUUGUGCAAGCUGCACAAGUGGGACCGGACGAGCGAAAAGACGCCGCGGCGGUGGUUCGACUUGAGCGUGAGCAUGAUGAAGGAUGACAUUGCAGGAGUUGGCGUGGCGUUGUACUACAAGCGGAUUUUCCAUAUGGGACUUUGUGGGCUGGUUUGCGUGGCCUGCAUGUGCAUGCUCUACGCACCUGCUGGUCUCCAGAAGUACCUCCCAAUGAAGGAGGAGGUGAUCUUGGAUAAGAUGCUGGAUGCCUUCAAAAAGUCAGAGACGACGCCAGCUGUGCUUUUCUCACCGUUGGUGAAAUGUGCGCACUUCACACCGGAGCUGCGCGCCGAGGCCCUGCAAGAUUUCGCAGAGCAUAGCUUUUGGACCUUGUGUGCGAUGUGGGGUUUCAUCUUUGUGCUGUCGUUGCAGCAGAGCUACAGUUGCUACCAUUUCUACACCUGGUUCGAUGAGCAGAACGUGGACAGCUCGGACUAUGCCGUGUUGCUGACGGGCUUGCCAGCGAGCACCACGAAUGAGGCCCAGUUGCAGAAGAUGCUGGAGAAGCAACUCCGGCAACACAUGGAGCUGGACGAGGGCGACAUCCACGGGGUAAGUAUUGCCUACGACCUCUCGGACUUCACUUUGCGCACGGAAGUGGAGACAAUCCUCUCAAACAUCACCCGCCACAAGGAGUUCCAGAUCGGUGCCUUCGAGGGGCGGAAGAGUUGGACGUCCCGGAUGUUUGAAUGGGAGAAGCAGCAAGCGGAGGAUAAGGAGAAGACCGAGCGGAUGUUCAACGAUGGGCGCCUGAAAUCUGUGGGGCGAGCCUUCGUGGUCUUCAACAAGGCGUCCAAGCGCGAUGAAGUCCUGGAGAAGUACGGUGUGAACAAGAAGGUGAUAGAGAUGCCAGAGCUCCCAAACGUGGAGAUUGAAGGUGUCGACUUCGACCCCGUGUCCGUUUUCUGGGAAAACCAGCACAACACAGACAGCAAGGUGGGCCACAAUGCUGUGAAGGGAGCGUUGAAGGUGGUGGCAUUCUUUCUGAUCGUGAACGCCUUGAUCAUCCUUCCCUACAACGUCUUCGUGGUGGGCGUGUUUAUGUCCUCCGGCGCUGACCUGGCGGGACCAAGCCAAACAAUCGCUGGCCUGCUGUUGGGCAUCGUUAAUCAGCAGAUCUCCGCACAGGUCUACAACCAGGCGUGGUUCGCUGGCUUCAAGAAGAAGGAUCGAUUCGACACCUUCAUUUUCGUGUUGAAUACCACCGUGCAGUUUUUCAACACUUGGCUGGGCCUGGGGGUCACGGCUUGGGCAGUCAUUGGGAAGGAGGGCGGCACUGUGGAAAUCUUUUCGCCCCUGGUGGACACUGGCAACAUCGGGCUGGAAGCAGCAAUUGGUGAUGCCUUCUAUGCGAUGCACGUGCCAGGUGUGCUCUAUGUGAACUAUAUCAUGGGUCUCUUGAUGGGUGGUGUGGUGCCUUUCGCGCAGCAUACCCUCGUUGGCAAGAUCAUCUACGUUUGGCGGUCCUUGCCCGAUUGUUUGCUGAGAGCCUUGAAGCUCAUUCUGCCUUGGGCGCCCGAUGACCUGGAGCGAUACCCCCGCUUCAAUGCCGAGAAGGCCAUCGAAGCUCCUGAGAUGGGCGUCGCCUGGGACUACUCUGCCUUCAUCGUGCACAUCGCCACCGCCUUCCUGGUCACCGCCGUGGUCUCCGCCUCCGUGUGGAAACUCUUCGUUGCCCUGAGUUGCUGGUGUUUGUUUUUCAGCCUGUGGAGUCGGUUCAUGCACCUUCGAGUUCAAACGGCCUCCAGCUUCAACGGGCACUUGUUGGACACCGCCGGGUGGCUCCUUUGGUCGCUGCCCAUGGGCUGUUUGGCCGGCUCCAUCUUCGUUUGGGCCGUCAGGUCCAAGAUGGUCCCUGAGAUCCAUUUGGCCUUCCGCGUUGCCCUACUGGUGCUGGCGAUGAUUUUGGGGGCCGCAUUGUGGGUCAUGGCCUACCUGCUGAUCAUCCAGCCCUUCCGCCGCAGCGAUGCACCAGCGUCGCAGCACGAAACCGUGGAGGAAGUUAUGAGAAUGCAGCCCUUCUCUUGGUACAAUUGCAACCCGGCAUAUGUGCUCAAGUGCGCCUACAUGAAGGAACUGGUGCCUGAUUCCCAUCUGAGUGGCAACGAGGCUCUCCUCUACCGUCGUGGCAAGGAAUACCUUUUCAUCGAGAAGGAUAAGCAGAAGAGAGUCACUGAUCGGUUCGAAGAUAUGUACGAGUUCGAGACCUACAUGGAAUGGAUCUACGAAAAACUGGGGGUGUAUUCACGGAUGAGCUUCUCAGAUUGCCGAACUUUAGAGAAAGCGGAGGAGACUGAGAUCCAGAAGUACACCCGACUCGAAAGCGAGGCCGAAGUGGUACCAUGA